AUGAAGAUUCUAUCCAAGGAAGAGAUUGAAGCCCACAAGUACCAUACAAUCGCUGGUGGUGUCAAGGGUGCUAUUGCAGGGUUUGCCAUUGCAGGUGCCGUAUGGAAGUUUGCCCCCAUCAGAUACCCCAGAUUUCAACCAAGAAGAUGGCCUUGGUCCAUCAAGACAGCUUUCUGGAUUUCACCACCAACCCUUAUGACUGCGAUCUGCGCUGAAGAAGCAUCGAAUAAAUUCGAUUCUAUGAUGUAUAGUAGUGGUGGUGAAUCUGCUGAUGCCUUGGAAGAACACAGGAAAUGGAAAGAGAUGUCAAUGAAGCAAAAAUUAGUGGAAGGUUUAUCCAAUAACAAGUACAAAAUUAUCGUUGGUGCAUGGGCAGCUUCUAUGUACGGAUCAUGGGUAGUCGUUGACAAGGAUCCUAUUAUGACCAAAGCUCAAAAGGCGGUUCAAGCAAGAAUGUACGCUCAAUUUAUCACGGUCGGUCUUUUACUAGCAUCUAUGGGGUUGAGUAUGUACGAAAGAAAAUUGCAUCCAAACAAGGAACAAGUAAGGGAGAAACAGCGCUGGGACAGACUUCUAGCCGAUGUCGAAGCCGAAGAAAAGACUUCUCACGAUGGUGUUGCGGGCUUUAGGGAUAACAGCCAAAGAGUCAACUCCAAGAUUUUCAAAUACGAGUAA